AUGGCUCUCAGAACCCUACUAACCAGAAAAAUCCUAGCAAAUUCACCGUUGGGGACGCUAGGGUUUCGCGGCCUGCAGACUUUCUCGCUGCCCGAUCUACCGUAUGACUACGGGGCCCUAGAGCCGGCCAUUAGCGGCGACAUAAUGCAGCUGCACCACCAGAAGCAUCAUCAGACUUACAUUACUAAUUACAAUAAGGCCCUUGAGCAGCUCGAUGACGCUGUGGCCAAGGGCGACGCUCCCGCCGUAGUCAAGUUGCAGAGUGCAAUCAAGUUCAAUGGCGGAGGUCAUGUCAAUCACUCAAUUUUCUGGAAAAAUCUUGCUCCUGUUCGUGAAGGUGGUGGUGAGCCGCCCAAGAGUUCUUUAGGUUGGGCUAUUGACAAUCACUUUGGUUCUUUAGAAGUUUUGAUACAGAAAAUGAAUGCAGAAGGUGCUGCUUUGCAGGGCUCUGGAUGGAUUUGGCUCGGUCUGGACAAAGAGUUGAAGCGCCUGGUGGUUGAAACUACUGCAAAUCAGGAUCCAUUGGUUACUAAAGGACCAAAUCUGGUUCCUCUGCUUGGUAUUGAUGUCUGGGAGCAUGCAUACUACUUGCAGUACAAAAAUGUGCGACCUGAUUACCUGAAGAACAUAUGGAAAGUCAUGAACUGGAAAUAUGCAAGCGAUGUGUUUGACAAAGAAUGCCCUUGA